CUCGGCCCUGCCCCCGUGCGUCUGACGUCAGCGACGUCAAACGGGACUGUUUGUUCUGGAUCUGGGGCGAGGAAGGUCCGCGCGGCUGACACCCGCCUGGAGAAGGUGUGACACUCAGCCCUCUACCGGCGUGUUGCGGUUUCCUUGCCUCGACAGCGCGCCUCUGACGGACUUCAGGUGUUACCUCAGGAAAUCGCCCCCUCACCAACCGAGAUAUGAUCACACAAUCGGAUUAGACCACAGCGGCACGGCAACAAACAUAGAGUCGAGUGAGGAGUGGAAUGGCCUGAGGGGGGUCCCCCCAGUCCCGCCUGCCCCUGCCAGGUCCCGACUGCCUCAACUGUCUGCUCAGCCACUGCAACCCACCGCUGCGAUGGGAGACGGACUGCAGGCAGGCAACAGCCAGAACCCUCCCUCUGCCCCACCCCCUCUCGCCUUCAACGCCCCAGCACCCGACACGUGGGACCCCUCCAGACCCAAACGACAGACCAACCAGCUGGAGUACCUGCUUAAAGUGGUGUUUAAGACGGUAUGGAAGCACCACUUUGCAUGGCCCUUCCAGGCUCCCGUAGACGCCAUCAAACUCAAUUUACCUGACUACUACAAGAUCAUCAAGAUUCCUAUGGACAUGGGCACAAUAAAGAAACGCCUGGAGAGCAACUACUACUGGAACGCCCAAGAGUGUAUCCAAGACUUCAACACGAUGUUCACAAACUGCUACAUCUACAACAAGCCGGGGGAUGAUAUCGUCCUAAUGGCGGAGGCCUUGGAAAAGCAUUUUCUCCAGAAGAUCACACAGAUGCCGCAGGAGGAGACGGAGAUCGCUGUGGUCACCAAGGGACGGCGGGGGGGCCGACGGGAGUCAGCUCUCAUCACAAAGUCAGAUUCAGGCCAAGACUCGUCGUCCCCCUCUUCCACCCCUCAUACACGAGGCUUUUCAUCCCCGCCAACCACCCCACACACCCGUCCUGCACCCACCCCUCAAGGCCCUCCGACAUUAACCCUGGCCCAGCCUCUCUCGCAGCCCCUGGUCCAGCCUGUAGUCCAGCCCUUGUUCCAGCCCUUGUUCCAGCCCUUGGUCCAGCCCUUGAUCCAACCCUCGAUCCAACCUCUACUGCAGCCUCAGCCUCCCCCACGUGUGCCUCCUACACCCACCUCCCACACCCAUCUGGUCACCCCAUUCCCCCUAUUCCCCCUCUCAACCACAGACGUCCUGGCCCAAGGCCUGACCUCUGUUCCCCCUUCAGCCCCAACACACCCAGGCCUCCUACCCGUCCCGAUGCUGCAGAGUUCCCCCGCCCUUAUCAAGCAAAGAAAGAGCCAGAAGAGGAAAGCAGACACCACCACCCCCACCGCCAACGACCAGCUCAGUGAAUCAUCUCCUGUCUCCGCCGAGGCUCGGCCACGUCGAGACAGCAUUCGUCCGUUGAAGCAACCCAAAAGAGACGCGUCGCAGCCAGAUUCUCAGCAUCACCUGGUCGCUGGUUUGGAGACGGGAGGGAUGGCGCCAAUGAAUCGUCAGGAGCAGCUGCGUUCCUGUGCGCGCCUCGUCAGAGAGAUGCUGUCCAAGAAACACGCGGCGUACGCCUGGCCCUUCUACAAGCCUGUUGAUGCUAAAGCUCUUGGCCUCCACGACUACCAUGACAUCAUCAAGCACCCCAUGGAUCUCGGCACCGUCAAGAAAAAGCUGGACAACAAACAGUACAGAGACGCUCAAGAGUUUGCAGCAGAGGUCCGAAUGAUGUUCUCCAACUGUUACAAGUACAAUCCCCCGGACCAUGACGUGGUCUCCAUGGCACGCAAAUUACAGGACGUGUUCGAGAUGCGUUUCGCCAAAAUGCCCGAUGAGCCAGAGGAGCCCCCCCCUGUUCCCACCCCGUCGUCGGCCCUCCACCCUGCCCCCUCCACUCGACAAGCCCCGCCUCCUUCUGCUGUCUUGGCGGGCGAGAGCUCCACCUCCUCCGAAUCGGAGUCCUCGGGAGGAGGCCCAGAACACGAAAGGCAACAUCGAUUGGCUGAGUUACAGGAACAGCUUAAAGCUGUCCACGAACAACUGGCAGCACUCUCCCAGCCGCAGACCAUUAAGCCCAAGAAAAAAGAGAGGGAGAAGAAAGAGAAGAAGAAAGAGAAGCACAAGAAGAAGAUGGGAGUAGAGGAAACAGUGGAGGCCCCUCCGCCUGUGAUGCUUCAGACGGCUAAGAAGAGCAAGAGCAGCAAGGAGCCGAUCACUGUGAAGAAGGAAAGGAAAAAGCCUGGGAAGAAAGAAGGAGUAAAAAACAGCCGCCCGACUGUUCCCCCCCAGCCGGGGCCGACCCCUCUCGUCCCCUCAGCCUCUCUCGAAGCAGAAGAGGAAAUAGAUGUAUUUGGGGGCGUGUCCACUGAAAGAGGCAAGCCUAUGUCGUACGAGGAGAAGCGUCAGCUGAGCCUUGACAUCAACAAAUUGCCCGGCGACAAACUGGGCCGCGUCGUGCACAUAAUCCAAACACGCGAGCCCUCGCUGAAGAACUCCAACCCGGAUGAGAUCGAGAUCGACUUCGAGACGCUGAAGCCUUCCACGCUGCGGGAGCUGGAGAAAUACGUCUCCAGCUGCCUCAAGAAGAAGAAAAAGACAUCAGUGGAGAAACCUCUGGAAACGACAAAUGUGACUAAGAUGAAGACGGGAUCUUCAUCCUCGGGCAGCAGCGACUCCUCUGAUAGUGAAGACUCUGAGAAUGGGCUGGUUCCCAAACAGCAGAAGAAGACCUCGACCAACAAAGACAUCAAGCGACCACAUCACCAGUCCCUCAGUAGCGGAGUUGUCCCUGUCCCUCCUCAGCCGCAGCUGCAGCCGCAGACUCAGCCUCAGCCUCAGCCUCAGCCUCAAGUCGUCCAGUCCAAGCUACCGUUCAUCGCCCCUCCCCCUGUCCCCGUCCCCGUCCCCAUCCCCGUCCCAUCUCUGGACACCUCCCAGCUGCUGGCCUCAGGAUUUGAUCCUCUGGCUCACUUCAUGAACCCUCACCUGACGCAGUCGAACGCGGAGCCGAAUCCAACCAUUGCUGCUGCUGGUGUCCCCGUCACCGCUGGCCUCCUCAACACAAACACACCCAGUAGCCAGAUGGCCACUGAGACGCAUCCGUUCCUCAACCAACAUCCCAUCAUCCCCUCGCCAGCGAUCCACAAUGCUCUGCCCCAGCAACCAUCAAGACCUAGCAACCGCGCAGCACCGCUUCCCCCCAAGCCCCCGCAGCCUCCCCCGGCCUCGCUCCCCUCCCUGCCCCCGUCCUCCUCACCCCAGCUUCAGCCUUCGCUUCCCCUGACGCUUCCCCAGCCGGUCCCCCGUCCUCGCGUCCCCUCACCCCCGUCGCACGGCAUCUUGGGCACCCUCUCUGCACAACCCCCAGCCUUGCUGGAGGACGACGAAGAGCCGACACCCACCAGUGCUGAAACCCCGCCCCUCAGCCAGGUGCACAGCUUCCUGCAGUCUCUCCAGCCUCGACCCACCACGCAGACGCAGCCCAUGCACACGCACUCGCCCGUGCAGCUGAUGCCGUCGUUGCACACGCCCAUGGCGCUGUCCACCCCUGCCCUGGCGCAGAGACACAGCUCUGCCCCCACGCUCAUGCAGCAGCCGUUCCCGCACACGUCGACGUUGCAGCAGCAGAAGGGGGUAACGCUGCAGCAGAAGGUACAACAGAUUCAGGCGCAACUCCAACAGCAGCCGUCACCACCAAGUAAAGCAGAGCCUUUCACAACAGGUUGCCUGCGUGAGAGCCCCCCUCCCCUGAUGAUGCACUCUCCUCAGAUGCCUCAGUUCCACACAGUCGGACACCAGUCACCGCCACAGACCAAGAAACAUGAGCCGAGGUCCAACCUGGUGGGGGUCAAAGAGGAGAAGCCUUCCCACUCGCCCGUUCUGCCCCCCUCCCCCUUCAGUCCUGUCAUGCGUCAGGAUUCACACAAGCCCGACAACAAACACAAUCUGAAGCCACUGGAUGGUUCUCGCCCUGGUUCUCGCCUCCUCGACUCCCCGGCACCGCCGUGCUCCCAGCCAGACAUCAAAAUCAAGCAGGAGCCCAAAACUCCCAUCGCUCCUAAGAAGACACAGGAAGUGAAGUUAAAGAACAUGGGUUCCUGGGCCAGCCUGGUUCAGAGGUCCCAGUCCACGCCGGCCUCCUCUGUUCGCUCCUCCAGCGACAGCUUCGAGCAGUUCCGCCGGGUGGCGAGGGAGAAGGAGGAGAGGGAGAAACAGCUGAAAGCACAGGCUGAACAGGCCAGGAAGGAGCAAGUGAAGCAUCGCCGUGACGACGACGACACCGUGGAGCAGGCUCGUCGAGCGCAAGAAGACGCCCGCCGCCGCCAGGAGACACAGUCGCCGCUUGCUCCCACACCUCCGGCUUCUACCCCGCCCACCAACUCUCCACAGGCUCCCCCCGCACAGCCUCCACCCCAGCCGCCGUCCUCCUCGGCUGCACAGAACGCCCUCGACCAGCAGAGGGAGAUGGCGCGCCGCCGUGAGCAGGAGAGGCGCAGGAGAGAGGCGAUGGCGGACACCAUCGACAUCAACUUCCAGAGUGACCUGAUGGCCAUUUUUGAAGAGAACCUGUUCUGAGGACGAUGGGAGUGAGAGAAGGACCUGUAGACGUACAUAAGAAAGAAAAAAUAUUCAAAAAUGCAUAUACACCACAAAGCUCUGAUAUACAUGGUCGCUGCUCAUAUGAAUGCAAACACACACUCUUAAUAGUAACUGUCCCUUUCUCUCAGUAGUUGAAACAGCUGGCUUGUGUCAUGUGAAUGAGGAGCAGGGGGGGGUGGGUGGGGGGUGAAACUGAAAGAAGAACCUUCCCUCCCCCACAGUUUUCCUCCAACCUCAGAUACGUUUUGGUGUCUGGCCCGGUGUUUAUGCUCGUUGGUUCUCCGGGGACGACAGACACUGAAAUAUUAAGAAAGUUGUGUCUCCCUCGAGGACAAUAAGGACGGCUGAGUGAAGAGGAGGCGACUUAACUUUAACAUAAAGUAACGGCGAUGAUGAGUAGGAUUUAAUUUAAGUGAAAAGAAAAGAAAACCUUGUUCUCUUAAUGUGUGACAGGAGAGAAAGGGGGUUUAAACAAAAAAAAAAAAGAAAAGAACAGGUGACCAAAAUUACAAAAACGGACAGAUCACUUGGUUCUUUGUUUUCUUUUCUCCUCUCGUCUAAUCUCGUCUCUGUUUUAUUUUACAAGCUCUAGAUUUUAACCGGGAGGGUCGGGGCCGGUGUGGUCGAGUUAGUUGUCAGGUUCAAGCGUUCGUCUGAGAGUCGGUUGUUUUCUCAGGACACGGUGGAAAUGAAACACACACCCCUCAACCCCCCACCCCGGCCACAGUCACACACUUUUCUAAGACAUCCUUCCUCCCUCCACGUCCUGCUACUGCUUCCCUCUCCGACAUGAAUUGAAGAGGUGGAGGAGGAGGAGGAGGAGGAGGAGGCGACGCUCGGGGCCUGUGUACAAAUUCAAAAAAAAAAGCGAGUGGGUGACGAGGAAGGAAACGGUGGCGUUUUUAAAAAGUUGUUCAGAGUGUGUCCUUUGCCUUAGCGCUCUGGCCUGUAAACUAUCCAUCACACCCCACAAAUUAUACAUAUUAUAUAUAAAUAGAUACAUGAAUAUAUAUUAUAUACAAUGAAAAAGUCAACGCAGAAGAACAUGGGAGGGAUUUGGAUUGCGGGGAGCAAAGCUCGUCUCUGUGUUCAUCUUGAAGCUCUGGUUUUGAUUUUGUAGAAUUUACUGUAAAGAAGAAGAAGAAGAAAAAACUUUUUUAUGAUUCUAUUGAGAGGAUUGUUUCGUCUGUCUCGUUCUCUCCUACCUUUUUCUGUUUUUUCUUUCUCUCUCUCGACUCUAUGCCAAAACCAAUCUAUUGAGUGCUGAAAGUUCAUUCACAUUUUUUUUUACAUGUAAAAUGCAUCUUCUUUUCACUUUAUAUUAAAGGCUACGUUUUUAUUGCUAUUUAAUUUCCCUUUAUCCCCCUUUUUAAAAACCCCCAAGUCCUGCAGCCGUUUGCUUGUAAAUCGUUUGAAGACGCGGUUCUUGAGAUCGCUGCUCGGGCCCCAUCAUUCUGUAGUUGUCCGAUAAAUCUGCACUUAAACGUUUCAUUACUCAUCUUUAAUUAUUUUAUUUUUUUUCAUUAUUUCUUAUCAUUUACAUGUGUGUUGUUUUUGUCUCUCUUAGCCGUCGCGUCCACCACUAUCUCCUUCACAGCUUCUACAGUCUGAAUGAUAGGUUCUUGUUUGUCAUCCAUGUCUUUUAGUUUUUAUUUUUGAAAUGUUUUUAUCGUCCAUGGUAACAGUUUUUUGGGAUGUCGUGUGCCAUCGUGUUUUUCGGGAAGCGCGAGGUUUUCCCCCGGCUUCCGUAGGUUGGCCCAGAUAUCUGAGUGUUUUCAAAUCUAUAAUCACUUCUUUUUCUUUUUUUUUUUUUAUGUUUCAUUCAUUUCUUUUCUCUUUUCAUAUUUGAUUGUUUUGAGUUUCUUUUGUUUUUCCUUUGCUAUUUUCCUUUUGAUUUUAUUUUACCCAGGACAACCUGUUGGUAUGUUGGUGAGUGAGGCAUUGAGGUCAAUAGAUUCAUCUUGUUCAGAGUUAAACAUUUUUUUUAAAGAAAAGUAUUAAAAUAAUGUUUAAAAAACUUAA